ACUCAUUUGAGUUUUAGAAUGAAUUCAUUCAUUCAUUCCCAACAUAGCCUAUAUAUAUAUAUAUGCUAUAGCCUAUGCUAUAGUAGAAGUAAUUAAGUGACAGCAUUUCAAUGGAGCGCGUGAAGUGAUCGAAGGGCAUGUCUCUGUGUCUCUGCAAACGCUGAAAUCUCUGCUAAAACAUUCUUAGAUUAGAUUUGGUAGGCGAUGGAAUUCGAUGCCUCUCUCUCUCUCUCUCUCUCUCUCUCUCUCUAUAAAACCACUACUUUUGCAGCAUACAUAUAUAUAUAUAUAUAGAAUAUAUAGAUAUACAUACAUCUCUCAGCUAGCGCUAACUCGCAUUGUGAUAGCAACUUUUCGAAUCCACCAUAAUUACGCCUUUUGAAGCUCAAGAAUCGGAGAUGGGUUCCGCUGCCUCCAUUUCCAUGUCCAGGAGGAGGAGGAGGGAAGAAGAAAACGUCGAAGACGACGCGCUCUCAAUCUGCAGGCAGCGCAAACGCCUCAUCAAAUUGGCCGUCGCCCGCCGCCGCUCGCUCGCUAAUGCCCACCGUAAUUACAGCCACUCUCUUUACGCCGUCGCCAUGGCCCUUAGGCUGUUCGUGGCCCGGCAAUCUUCUCCGCCGUCGGCGUUCCUCAUCACGCUCCCGUCUCAAUCCCCCUCCUCCUCCUCAGCCGGCGGCGGCGGUCGAAACCCAGUUCUCAAAGCCGCGGUCUCUUCUCUCUCCUCCAGUCUAGAGGGAGAGAAAGAAGAUGACGGUGGCGGCGAAGAAGAAGAAAGAGAGAUCUGUGAGCAUUUUUACGGCGACUCGGCCCCGGAAUUGCCGUCACCGGAGAAUGUUUUCCGCUGGGAUUUCUUUUCUCCUUUCGACGGUGAUCCGAGGGCGGCGACGGAAGCAGAGGGGAGAGCAGAGCUGGAGGAGGAAGAAGAGCACAAGCCUCUGCUGAGGGGUGGUGAUAGCGUGACCCUGGGGGAACAGAAGGGCUCAGGAGGGAUUGACACGUGCACGAAAGGGAGGGAAUUGCUGGAGGCGUUGAAGGACGUGGAGGACCAUUUUGUGAGGGCUUGUGAGAGUGGCGGGGAAGUUUCCAGGAUGCUGGAGACCAACACGGCUCCUCUUCAUUACUCUUGUUUCCAGGAAAUCCAAUACAACCCAAAUAAGAAUUUGCAAUCGAUCGCAUGGCAUGGGUCUACUUCAUCUUCUCCUUCCUUUCUGAAGAACUUACUUGCGUCCGGCAGCCGGAGUUCCUCGCAAUGGGAGUCAGAUUUCAAGAGAACUGAGCUUUGUGAUGAAUAUGGCGGGAUGGAUUCGGGAAGCCAUUCAUUAACUCUUGAAAGGCUCUAUGAGUGGGAGAAGAAGAUUUAUGAAGAGGUCAAGGCUGGAGACGACGUGAGGAAACUUUAUGAGCAAAAAUGCUUACAGUUGAGAAACCAGCUGGGUGCUAAGAGAAAGGGCCUCCAGUCAGUGGAAAAGACUGAAGACGAGGUAAGAGAACUGUAUUCCAGAAUGUUGGUUGCGAUACGCACUGUUGAAUCAAUCUCUGAAAAAAUCCAGAAACUGAGAGAUGAAGAGCUGCAGCCGCAACUAGUUGAGCUGCUACACGGUAUAAUGACAAAUUGGAAGCUAAUGUUGAAAUCACAUGAAACUCAAAAACAAGCCAUGUUUGAAACUACACUCUUCACUUGUCCUGCUUAUGGGAAAUUUUGCAAUGACUCUCGCCGUAUUGCCACUCAUCAACUUGAAGCAGAACUCCAAAAUUGGCGUGCUUGUUUCGCUGAAUAUGUUUCUGCUCAAAAGGCAUAUGCUGAAGCUCUCCAUGGAUGGCUAUCUAAAUUGAUUGCUCCAGAAGUUGGAUCUUUUGUCUGGGUCAGAUCUUCAGUUUUGCGGCCUCAGAUGAAUGGGCCGCCAUUGUUUUCGCUGUGUCAUGAUUGGUUAACAACCCUGCAAAAGUUGCCGCACGAGUCAGUAAUCUAUGCCAUGAAAAGUUUUGCAAAAGAUAUCCAGGCUUUGUGGGCUCAGCAAGGGGAGGAGCAACAGCAGAAGAGGAAGGUUGAUGGACUUGCAAAAGAGCUUGAGAGGAGGGUUCUCGCAUUGCAAAGGGCAGAGGAAAAAGUGCUGGAGUCCAAGGUUUCUCGACAGAAGACAGAGAUCAAUGUUCGAAAGCAGGUUGAGUUCUUGGCAGAGAGGAAAGAUCUGUUGGAUGUGUUAAGGAAAAAGCUCGAGGUUGAGAAGGCAAGGCAUUGGGAUAGCAUGGAGGAGACGCAACAGAUGGCUUUACAUGGAUUUCAGGCAGGAUUUUCUUCAGUUUUCGAGUCCUUGACAGAGUUCUCAAAGACCUCUUUAAAGAUAUAUGCUGACCUAGUGGCCAUCUGUGGAAAUGGUGAGGCAGGAAACUAG